CGCCUCUGAUUUUCGUUAAUGCUUGAACAGGGUGAAAACAUUUCCGAGAGUCGAGUGAAGGCGGCAAGUCAAGAUCUCAGUGCUCGCUAACGUUAUUGACGCCAAAUUCCAGGUUGCUGGCCGAUCAUGCUGACGCGGGAGGGAUCUAUCAUUUUACAUCGGCUUGUCGCUAUUCCACCUUCGACGCAAGGCAAACCAGUAGCGCCCUCUGUGCAACAGACUGGCAUGACCGUGGCAGGCGCUUUCUCGCGAUGUCUCACAAACAUGAUGGGUUGCUCAUCGCGCGGAGAACCUCUCUACGGCCACGAAGUGGGACCACUGACACUCCGGGCUGGAGAUAUUCACCUCGAUUAGAACCUUCUGGAAUGAUGAAUCGGGGUCCUGCUGUGUGGAGUUUAUUCAGAUGAUCUACCUUGGAAACACAUGUUCUUUGCCAGCCCGGGCGCUAACGACUUUCUCAGGAUGCGCUUCCAUGUCUAUUGGGAUAGCUCCAUCUCUGGAGUGGGUCGUCAUUUCCCUUCGCAUCCAUGUCGGUUUCUCGCGCUGCGGGCUGUCCAGGAGAUUCCAUGUCACUCAGAAUAGUGAUGUUCUUUCACGCCCGAUCUUCACCGUGGACUGCUAAAUAAGGAGCUCGCACACGCAAUGGCCCGCGACGGUCUGUUCAAUGGAUGGGUCCGGCUGACCCAGCGGUGCCCCCAUGCAUCGUAUGCGCACCCAUCAGACAUUCUCAUCUAGAUGCCCGGGGGCGGCCAAUCGGUUUCUGCGUUCCAGAUCUUGCUCUCUGACUUGCGGGCUCCAUUCACGAGCGUCAGAGUGGUCGAAGAAUCCGUAGACCUCAUCAGUCAAACCUGGAGCCGACUGCAGUGCGUCGGCUCCUCUUGCCUCCCCUCAAAAUGCUCACUGCGAGAUAGCGUUGCAUAUGGAAUAGAGAUUAUCCGCUGGGAAACUUCUCGACCUCUCCAAGCCCAAUGUUUGCGGGGGUCGGCAGGAGGCGUAUGAUUGUUGCAGCUUCCUUGUGCAAACAGCCUCCAAAAUCAUCGUUCUCUCUGUGAUUCCCACAACGUCGCCUGAGACUUAUCGUUUCGAUUCUGAUAUCGUACUUCGAUCCUCAUGAAUGUAUAGUUACCAUGGCUCUGGUUUGGUCGCUGUAGUGGGUGAAUUGUCAUAUUCAAUUCCACACAUCUCACACGGUGUCGUCGCGCCACUUAGUGUACUUCACACUCUAUAAAAUACGGGUUCCGCAUCCAUGAUACCGAUUCAUCCGGCAUCGUCAACAAUCA